AAUAAUAAUUAAUAUUUUAUAUUAUAUUAUAAAGAAAAUGAGAACUUUAAUUACGUAUGUAAUUUAUUCCGUUUUCAUGUAUAUAAGGACAUUUAUGUAAAUAGAAUCAUUACUGCGAAAUACCAAUGAAAUACGUCAAAUAUCACAAUGUGGCGCGGUUUAACAUUACAAGUAAAUAUUGGAUCAGCUGAUGAGUGACAACAGACAGACGAAGUCCGCGUUCAUGGUUCUGGUUUUUGGUUAUGGCGACAAGCAGUUCAGACGGUUCUUGUAACGCUCCUGCAGAUUUUCAUCUUUCCUCUGAAUUAGAAGACGUUUCCAAUCGUUUAACUGUUAAUUUAUUGAAGUGUCCACUGUGCCAUAAUAGUCGACGAAUUUUUUAUUGUCGACAAUGUAUUCAAAAUGGAGAUUUCAUUCAUUUAAAUGCUGUUUACUCGGAACGUUUUGCAGAUAAGCAACUACGAUUAUUUCGUUUGAAAGCUGCCAGGGCUCAACUUGAAGAAAAAUGCGUGAAGGCUCUUGAAAAACAUAAACAGAAGGAUAAAUUGAUAUGCGAUAUAAAUGUUUGUAAAGAAAGAAUUAGACUUCUUCAAUUAUUAGUUCAUGAAACUAGACAAAGUAUAAACAGAGGUAAUCAACGUUUAAAUGUUCUGAAAGAUGUGAAUUCUCAGUUGGCUUUAAGAAUUCCUAGACAUGAAGAAAGAAUUGAAAGGUUACAUAAAUUGGCCAAUACAAUGCGUUUGAAACAAGAGAAACAUAAAGAUGCAGUAGAUCGAAAACGACAACAAUUAAAGAAAGUUAUUAGAAUUGCUGCUAAACAAUUGAUUCAAUAUAUAUUUCCACUUUCACAGGUGCAAUCCAACAGAAGUUUAUGUAGUAGUGAAGAAGAUGUAAAUGCAGAUGUGGUUACUUGUGCAUUAGCAGAUGCAUCAGGAACAUCAUAUGUAAGAGGUAGAUGGAUUAAUGAUGCAGAAAAUGCUUCAGAAGUACAACAUCGUAUAAUUGCUCCAACAUUACCAGGAUCAGGCGAUUAUAGUGCUUAUUCUUUAUGGGUUGCUGCAAAUAAAGAUGGUGUGCCUGGUACAAAUAAAGAACCAUUGCACAAUCCAGCAUACAAUAUCAGUGCUGCUUUAACUUUUGCCACUCAACUUGUCAAUAUCAUAGCAUAUUAUGUAAAUGUAAGAUUACCUUACAAACUUGGUUAUGGAGAAUUUUGUGGCAAUGAAAUGUCGGAUCAGAAAUUUGCUAGAAAGGUAGCAAGGCUUAACAGUAAUGUUCUACAUUUAUGCUUUACACAAAAUACAGAUAUUGCAGUGCUUCAUCCAAUGCACACUUUACAAAAUCUAAUGCACUUACUCAAUACUGAAAUCAGUGAUCUUGGAAGGAUCGGUCCAAUGGAAGUUGAUCCCAAUGUAAUAGCACAAUUGUAUAGUCAGUUAGUUCCUGACUUGGAAAACAGUGAUGAUUCUGCUUCUGAUGAGGAAGAAGAUGCUUUUAAUUGGGAAUGGGAAGCAGUCCCAAAUGUCGCAUGUCCUGAAAUGACAGUUCCCAUUCCUGGAUCCUUGGUUAAUCAACAAUCUUCUAGUAUGCAAGUGAAUCAGAGCGUCGCUGGAGGCUUGGUAACGAGUGCCGCAGCUAGUAUUGCCUCUAUUUGGCGUGGUUGGACAACCAAUAAAUAGACUGCUUUUUUUUACUGAUACACUUCUUUUUAUACAAAUUUUAAUUAAAUACUUCAAUAUGUAUGUACAUAUUGAAAUAUAUAUCCUUUAGAAAUGCUUUAAGGUGUAUGUCUUAUAAAAAUAUCAUUUAUCUUUUACGUAAAAUGUUUGUUCUGUUAGAUGUAAUUUUUCAAAUUAAAAAUAGUUCGUAUAUAGACAAAAAUUUUUUAAAUCCUAUGCGAUAUUAAAGAAUUUUAGUUAAUGAUACAAAUUAUUUUACUAUGUUAAAACUAUGUUAUAAUUGAAAUCUGAAGGGUUGUAAACGUAUUUUUAUUGCUAUCUAUAAGAUUCUCGAUAUAUUUCAGAUAACAUCGUUAUGCACUACCGGAAGUAUAGUAAAGAAUGCAUACUAGAUGGUGUGCUAUAAGACGGAAGUAGGACGAAAAAAAAAAAUAAAUAUAUAUUUGACUUAUUUUUUGAAUGCACAACCUAUAGCAAGAAACGUUGCUUAACUAGCAUCCUGUAUUCUGAUAUAUUAUAAUACAUUGUUUUUUAAUUGUUUUCUUACAAUUUAAUAUCGCAACAUAUGUGAAUUUAUAAUGACUGCCUUAUUAGUGAUUACUGUUUUUUUGCAGUACUUUGUGAUUACUUUAUCUUAAAAUGUUUAAGAUAGAUCACGCUUCCUUAAAUGCAAUAUGGUAUUAAUAUCUUUAUUUAUAAAAUUGUAGAGAAGUUAUGUGAUUAGUAUGUUCUUGACUAUGAAUGUUUUAAAUAAUUUCAAGGGACAUAUCAUAAAAUAAUUUAUGUUUUCUUGAAAUUUAUAAUUAUUUCAUAAACUUUACAAAUUACUUAAAAUAUUUAUAUCUUUCUUUUUGGCACAUUUGUAAGUAAACCAAUGUGCUCAUAAAAAAGUUGAUAAUAUUAAUUAAACUAACUUAUUCUUAUACAUUGUAUUACUAUUACAACCCUUAUAGCAUUCAAAUAUUGUAUUAUAUAAGUCGUUAUAUACAUUCUAAAAGUAUACUGAUAAUUUGUUUAAAAACAAAAAAAUCAAAAACAUACAAUCUAUCGAAAUUUCAUGCGUGACUGAAGAAUGUUAUUGUAAAUAAAACUUAUUCACACAAAUUACAAUUACUGCUAUAUUGGCUGUAUACACAUGUGCGUGUGUAUAUACUUAUCAAAUUGUUAAGAAUAUACUAUGUAAAUGACUAAUAUUCCAUUCGUAGUUUACAGCACAAUAUAUACGAUAUAAUAAGAAAUAUGAUAAAAUCACAAUUUGUGCACAUAAAUACAGUGCAGUGGUACCAAACAGGGCGAUUUAGAUAAAUUAUUAAGUAUCAGAGAGUAACAUUAUUUUUGUACGUAAAAACAGAAAAUUUCAUUUCUCAAAUUCAUUGUCAUAUUUGCCUUAUACUUAAUUUUAUAAAAAGUAAAUAAAGUCAUUUAUUUAAUUAGCUCAUCUAUUUAAUUGCUUUAUUAAUUUAUAUAUUACUUAUAAAGCUAAAUAGAGCUAAGAAUUGUUUACUGUUACACAAAUAAUUAGUAAUAUAUUUAUUUUUAAUUUACAAUUGCUGCUUAAAAUUAAUAUAGAGUAAAUUGAAAAAUAAAAAUGAUAUGUAAUAGCUAAAUAAAUCGAAAAUGUUAUAAUAGAUGCACAUACACACAUAUUUGCAAAAUAUGUUAUUGUAGACUAUUUGAGCAAUUGAAAUUUGAUAACAUUAAGGCAAAUGUGGCAAUUCUAAGGAAUCUUUGAACAUAAAAACUAAUUAAUUAGUGUAAUAAAUGGAAAUUCAAAAUUAUACAAAUAUAUAAUGGUAUCAUAGAUUUUUUGAAACGAAUUAAAAUGCAUUAUGUAGAUAUUGCUAAGUAAAGAUUUAACUAUAUUUGUACAAUAUAGCACAAAAUUGUAUGUAUAUAAAUUAAUAAGGAUAUUUUUUUUUUAUUUAAUUAUUAAUAUUUAUAAUAUCAAAUAUCAGUAAAUAUAUACUGAACUUGAUAGUGUUUUCAUCAAGAACAAACUCAGUAUAGAGAAUUACAAGACACAUUUCAACAUGUGUCUAAACAGCUAAAAUAUUUAAUAAAUAAUAUAUAAACAGGAAUGUGUGUGUGAAUGAUUUAUAUUAAGUAACAUGGCUGUUUUUCUGGAAAAUGUGUCAUUGUGAUAUAUUUCUAUUAAAUAAAUCAGGAUUUGUUUUUACUAUUU